AUGGUUUUCUUCGUCACGUCUUCCUUAUAUUACUUAUUGUCUUCGAGUUCUCGACGCCUCGUCCUCAUCGUCUCGUCAUCCUCGUCUGCAAGUCUGCCCCUCGUCCUCAAGUCUGCCCCUCGUCCUCAAGUCUGUCAUCGUCCUCAAGUCUGCCCCUCGUCCUCAAGUCUGCCCCUCGUCCCCCAAGUCUGCCCCUCGUCCCCCAAGUCUGCCCCUCGUCCCCCAAGUCUGCCCCUCGUCCCCCAAGUCUGCCCCUCGUCCCCCAAGUCUGCCCCUCGUCCCCCAAGUCUGCCCCUCGUCCCCCAAGUCUGCCCCUCGUCCCCCAAGUCUGCCCCUCGUCCCCCAAGUCUGCCCUCGUCCCCAAGUCUGCCCCUCGUCCCCAAGUCUGCCCCUCGUCCCCCAAGUCUGCCUCUCGUCCCCAAGUCUGCCCCUCGUCCCCAAGUCUGCCCCUCGUCCCCAAGUCUGCCCUCGUCCCCAAGUCUGCCUCUCGUCCCCAAGUCUGCCCAUCGUCCCCAAGUCUGCCCAUCGUCCCCAAGUCUGCCCCUCGUCCUCAAGUCUGCCCUCGUCCCCAAGUCUGCCCAUCGUCCCCAAGUCUGCCUCUCGUCCCCAAGUCUGCCUCUCGUCCCCAAGUCUGCCUCUCGUCCCCAAGUCUGCCUCUCGUCCCCAAGUCUGCCCUCGUCCCCAAGUCUGCCCCUCGUCCCCAAGUCUGCCCCUCGUCCCCAAGUCUGCCCCUCGUCCUCAAGUCUGCCCCUCGUCCCCAAGUCUGCCCCUCGUCCUCAAGUCUGCCCAUCGUCCCCAAGUCUGCCCAUCGUCCCCAAGUCUGCCCCUCGUCCCCAAGUCUGCCCCUCGUCCCCAAGUCUGCCCCUCGUCCCCAAGUCUGCCUCUCGUCCCAAGUCUGCCCAUCGUCUCCAAGUCUGCCCCUCGUCCCCAAGUCUGCCCCUCGUCCCCAAGUCUGCCCCUCGUCCCCAAGUCUGCCCCUCGUCCCCAAGUCUGCCCAUCGUCCCCAAGUCUGCCCCUCGUCCCCAAGUCUGCCUCUCGUCCCCAAGUCUGCCCUCGUCUCCAAGUCUGCCUCUCGUCCCCACGUCUGCCCCUCGUCCCCAAGUCUGCCUCUCGUCCCCAAGUCUGCCCCUCGUCCCCAAGUCUGCCCCUCGUCCCCAAGUCUGCCCCUCGUCCCCAAGUCUGCCCCUCGUCCUCAAGUCUGCCCAUCGUCCCCAAGUCUGCCCCUCGUCCCCAAGUCUGCCCCUCGUCCCCAAGUCUGCCUCUCGUCCUCAAGUCUGCCCAUCGUCCUCAAGUCUGCCCCUCGUCCUCAAGUCUGCCCAUCGUCCCCAAGUCUGCCCCUCGUCCCCCAAGUCUGCCCCUCGUCCCCAAGUCUGCCCCUCGUCCCCAAGUCUGCCCAUCGUCCCCCAAGUCUGCCCCUCGUCCCCCAAGUCUGCCCAUCGUCCCCAAGUCUGCCUCUCGUCCCCAAGUCUGCCCCUCGUCCCCAAGUCUGCUCUCGUCUGCAAUCUUCAGAUCAGAAAAAAAUAUAUAAUUUUUUCACGCUAA